CCGGAGUUGUGAGAAUAGGAGGUGCUGUGUCCGGAGAGUUUAAAAUGGAUAAAGGCGUCAAGCAGGGAGACAGCCUCAGCCCUCUGUUAUUCAUAGUGCUGAUGGACCAAAUAUUGAAAAUAUGUAAAAGAAGAACAAGUAGAAGUAAAGUCGGAAAACAUCAGCUCUGUCCUGUGUAUGUUCAAGCACUUAUCUAUGCGGAUGACAUUGCAUUGAUAUCAACAAACAAAAGAGACCUUCAGAGUUCUGUCACGGAAUGGUGUAGUGCAAUAAGAGACAAGGGAAUGAUAGUAAAUACAGAUAAGAGUAAGGUAAUGGUUAUAUCUAAGAUGCAGGGAAAUGCAGAAAUGGAAAUAAAGUGGAAUGGAAAAUCUAUGGAAAGAGUGAAUAACUUUGAAUAUUUGGGAACGGUCAUUUCCACAGAUGGAAAGGUUGAUGAAGAAAUCAAUAAUAGGGUAAGGAAAGCGAACCAGGUAUACUACCAAAUAAGCAAGACACUACUUGGGAAAAGAGAGAUAAGCCAGGGAACAAAAAUGAAAAUCUAUCAAGCAGUUUUUAAGCCCAUCCUAAUGUAUGGAACAGAAUGCCUGACACUCCUAGAUAAGCAUAAAAGUAGAAUUACCUCCUCAGAAAUGAGAUAUUUAAGAAAAGUCGUUGGAAAGACAAGGAGAGACAGAGUGAGAAAUGGAGUGAUCAGAGAUACUCUAAAGGAGGAAGAGCUGAUCAUUUCUGUCCAACGAAAAGCUUUAGGUUGGUAUGGACAUGUCACACGAAUGAGUGAGGAAAGAAAAGCAAGGAUGGUAAUGGAAGCAAGACCGGAGGGACGUCGAGGCAGGGGACGACCACGGAUGGAAUGGAGCGAGUAUGUGGCGAGUAUCGUGGCUGGAAAGGGAAAGACAAUGACAACGUUAGGAGGAUGGCCCAGGAUAGAGUGCAAUAUAAGAAAUGGCUGGAGGCACCCGACGCUUAGUGGCAUAAGGGGAAGGAAAAGAAGAAAAAGAAGAUUAUAACAGGUACCAUGGCUAAAAUUAGAACAGCCUAAUAGAAAAGGAAUGUUAUUUGCUACUUAUUAUAUUAUAUAAAGUAUUGAAAAAUUUGAGGUUAGGCUUAAAAUACCUACUGAUCGGCGACCUAAUAAUCAACCAAGUCGCAUAAUGUGAAAUCUAGCCAGACACCUUGGCAAAAAUUUAUUGUAAACAAAUGGUAUUCAACUAGAGGACUUUGGAAAGCACAUGGCUAAUUGUAGUAGAGGGAGGAACAACUUAUAAAUCCUAAAAAUCUAUUAUCUGUAAUGAAUAUACUUAAACCACC